UUGUGGGCUUCUUUGACAUCAAAAUUUUAUGAUUCUAUAAAUAAUUCCUUUUUUUUGUUAGUUCAUGUUCCGUGGACUUUGGUCAUCAAUUCAGACAAGUCAAAUUUGUGAUUGAAGUCGUAUUCAUUGUAAAAACAAUAUUAGAAUACAAUAUAUUUAUAUACAAACUUUAAAACAAUUUGGUGUUUUUACGUGCUUAUUAUUCUUGUAUAUAACUAAAAUGUCUUUAAAACUCUAUUUUGAUUUAUUAUCUCAACCAUCAAGAGCCUUAUAUAUUUAUUUGAAAGCAGCAAAAGUACCUUUUGAGCCGUGCAUGGUGCCUUUGGCAAAAAAUGCACAGUUGAAACCAGAAUACGCAAAAAUAAACCGAUUUCAGAAAGUUCCAUGUAUUGAUGACAAUGGUUUUAAAUUGGCUGAAAGUGUGGCAAUUUUCCGUUAUUUGGCACGAACAUAUCCUAAGGAAGACCAUUGGUACCCAAAAGAUUCAAAGAGUCAGGCAUCUGUUGAUGAAUUUUUAGAAUGGCAACAUACUGCUUUACGAAUGCCAUGUGGAAUGUAUUUUGUGAAUAAGUGGUUAUUACCUUUCAAAACUGGUAAAGAAACUCCAGUUGAGAAAAUUAAUGAAAGUAAAAUGCAAAUGGAUCAAGCCUUAGAUUUAUUUGAGAAACAUUGGCUGAAGGACAGGCCCUAUAUGGCUGGUGAAAAAAUAUCAAUAGCAGACAUUGUUGGUGCUUGUGAAGUUGAACAACCUAAAAUAGCUGGAUUUGAUCCUGCUGAGGGUAGACCUCUUUUCAAGGAAUGGUUGGAAAGGGUUCGUAAAGAUCUGAACCCUCACUAUGAUGAAGCACAUAAAUUUGUAUACAAAUUAUUUAAUGAUCAGAAACAAUAAUAGGUUAACUACUUUGUUAUAUUAUUCGAAAAAUAUAUAUUUGAUAAUGAAUGGAAAUGUUAUCAUUUGUGACAACUUUUUGAUUCUAAUUGGAUUACAAAUAAAAUUAAAUAAAUU